AUGACUACGUUUACAGAAAUUACUAGCGCUGAAAGGCCUUGGAUCUACACGUCCCCAGACCAUGCUAUCUCACGUAUAAACCCGCUUAUCUACGGUGGCUUCACCGAGCAUAUGGGCCGUUGCAUCUACGGCGGCUUGUACGACCCAGAAAACCAACAUGGACUCGUUGAUGAGAACGGAUUCCGCACCGAUGUCAUCGAAUGCAUGAAAGAGCUCAACGUACCGGUGGUUCGCUAUCCUGGAGGGAAUUUUGUUGCAACCUACCGUUGGAUGGAUGGAGUUGGUCCCCGAGCAAAGAGACCAAAACGCCCAGAGCUUGCCUGGCUAGGCACCGAAUCGAAUCAAUUUGGCACUGACGAGUUCAUGGAGUGGUGUAAGAUAGUUGGGGCUGAACCUUACCUGGCCUUGAAUAUGGGCACUGGAACGCUAGAGGAUGCUCUGGCUUGGGUAGAGUACUGCAACUCAGACAAAGAUACCUAUUAUGCAAACGUAAGGCGGGAGAACGGCCACGAAGUACCUUACCGGGUAAAGUAUUGGGCUUUAGGCAAUGAGAUGUGGGGUCCAUGGUAUGUCGAACAGCAUACUAAAGAGGACUACGCCAAGAAAGCCUACCAGUGGGGAAAAGCACUAAAGCUUCUUGAUCCAUCAAUCAAACUGAUACUAUGCGGCAAAAACGGGUGCAGCGACUGGGAUCGGUACGUCCUGCAAGAAUGCAUCAGAUUUACAGACAUGCAUUCAAUCCAUCACUACACGUCAGACAAGGAACACUACGCAAACGCUCUGGCACCUAAGUCAGCAGAACGAGCAAUCGAGAUUACGGCAUCUCUCAUCGACCUAGCCCGCUGCGAAAUCAACAUGGAUGUCUUUCCAGACGAAAUCUCCACAAAAGCCAAAACGCGACACCGACCCACCAUCUGCUUCGACGAAUGGAACGUCUGGGACCCAGAACGCGCUCCGGGCGACAAAGGCGCCGAGGAACUGUACGACGUGUCCGAUAUGUGCGCCGUCGCGUUAUGGCUCAAUGUCUUUGUGCGUCAGUCUCGGUACAUUGGCAUGGCAACCGUUGCGCAAAGCGUCAAUGUGAUCGCUCCUCUGAUGACGACGGAGACUGGGAUCGUCAAGCAGACGAUCUACUGGCCGCUCCUACUCUUCUCGAAGUACAUGCAGGGUCAGACCCUCGCGGUGCAUGUUCGGGCGUCUGCGUACCACGGCCGCACAAGUCCGGAGUGGCUCGCAAGCACGAUGGAGCUGCCCUUGCUUGACGUUUCAGCGGCGCUAGGUGAUGAUGGUUUCAUCAACGUGGCUGUAGUCAAUGCCUCUGAGACUGAGGAUGCGGAAACGGAGCUCAAAGUGACAGCUGAGUCGGUGCAGGUCUUUACUGUUGGAGGGAACGUUAACGAAAUCCGAGACCAUAACACAAAGAGCGACGAAAAAGUCUCUAUCCGUAACUCUGAGUGGGACGGAAAGGGAAGGUUUACGUUCGAGAAACACAGUUUCACGCUACUUCGAUGGAAAGCAGACGGGAAAUAG